UCCUCUGCUGCACCACAAGCGACCACGCCGCCCUGCCCGCGCGCGCCAGGGAGCGCUCUGCAGACUCGCCGCGCCGCAUGGCUGGAUCGUCGGACCCCGGAGGGGAGUCCCCGCGGCCGCGGAGUCGAGCGGGGGCGGGAGACAACCCGCCCCCGGGGGGCGGCAGGGCCGCCUCCCCCGCCGCCACCGCGCUGUCGCCCGCCGACCUCGCUGCCGUGGAGGACGCGACGCGUAGGCGAGAGGCGGUGCUGCGCCAGCACACGUUCUUCCUGCUCAGGGUGCUGCUUCGCCGCGGAGUCGACCUCGCGCCGCGGGACAAGGCGGGCACGAGCGACCCCUACGUCAAAUUCAAGGUGGGCGGGCGGCUGCUGUACAAGUCGCGCACCAUCUACCGCGACCUCAACCCCGUGUGGGACGAGUCCUUCUGCCUGCCCAUCGAGGACCCCUUCACGCCCGUCCACAUCAAGGUGUUUGAUUAUGACUGGGGCCUGCAGGACGACUUCAUGGGCUCCGCCUACCUCGAGGUCAGCAAGCUGGACCUGGGCAGGGCGACCGAGAUAACGCUGCCGCUGCGGGACCCGGCCAAGACGACGGAGUACCUGGGCGAGCUGCAGCUCACGGCGACGCUGUGGCCCCGCUCCCAGGAGGACAAGGAGCAGUAUUUCCAGCGUAACACUAAACUGAGUGAUGUUAAUCGCCGCCUGAAGAGCCAAAUCUGGAGUUCUGUAGUUACAAUCGUUCUUGUGGAAGGGAAGAACCUCCUGCCAAUGGACAUUGAUGGCUUCAGUGACCCAUAUGCCAAGUUCAGACUUGGAAAUGAGAAAUAUAAGAGCAAAGUAGUCUAUAAAAGCCUUAAUCCUAGUUGGCUAGAACAGUUUGAUCUGCAUAUGUAUGAUGAUCAGUCACAAGAACUGGAAAUAACAAUUUGGGAUAAAGAUCGCUCUAAAGAUGAUUUUAUGGGCAGAUGUAUGAUAGAUUUAACAAACUUUGAGCGAGAAAAGACUCAUCGUAUCUGGCAAGAGCUUGAGGAUGGAGCUGGUUCCAUAUUUCUGUUGUUGACAAUAAGUGGUACAACAGCAUCUGAGACAAUCUCAGAUCUUACAACUUAUGAAGAAAAUCCAAAGGAAAGAGAAAAGUUGCAUCAUCGAUAUGCUCUUGUGAAUAGUUUGCAGAAUCUACGGGAUGUUGGUCACUUGACUGUAAAAGUUUUCAGAGCUCAAGGUCUGGCAGCAGCAGAUCUUGGUGGAAAAUCAGAUCCAUUCUGUGUGCUUGAGCUUGUAAAUGCUCGUUUACAGACACAGACAGAGUAUAAGACACUGUCACCAUCAUGGCAGAAGAUAUUCACAUUCAAUGUGAAAGAUAUCAACUCUGUGCUGGAAGUAACUGUAUAUGAUGAAGACAGGGAUCAUAAAGUUGAGUUCCUAGGAAAAGUGGCAAUCCCACUCCUAAGGAUAAGAAAUGGGGAGAAAAAAUGGUAUGCCCUAAAAGACAAGAAACUACAUGGACGAGCUAAAGGAAACUGUCCACAAAUAUUAUUGGAAAUGACUGUGAUCUGGAACCCUAUUCGUGCAAGUGUGAGAACAUUAAAUCCAAAAGAAGAAAAAUAUAUGCAAGGAGAAGUAAAAUUCAAACGCCAAGUCUUUGUCAGGAAUGUAAUGAGGCUAAAGGCAAUCAUUAUGAACAUCAUAGACAUAACAAAAUAUGUUCAGAGCUGUUUUGAGUGGGAAUCGACACCAAGAAGUAUUAUAUCAUUUGUGAUUUUCAUAUUUCUGUGUUACUAUUUUGAACCAUAUAUGAUUCCAGUAGCACUGCUGCUGAUCUUCUUCAAGUCAUAUAUAGUCAUGUCACUGACUGGCAGUUGGACAGUACAUGAUGAAGAUGAAGAGCCACUUGGGGAUGAUGAUGAUGAAGAAGAUGACAAAGAUAAGGAGGAGAAGAAGAGCCUGAAGGAAAGGCUGCAGGCCAUUCAGGAAGUGACACAAAGUGUUCAGAAUGCUAUAGGGUACAUUGCAUCAUUAGGGGAGAGCAUCAAAAACACAUUCAACUUUACUGUUCCGUACUUAUCAGUCCUGGCAAUCAUGAUGUGCUUAGCUGGGGCCAUCGUUCUGUACCUUGUGCCAGUUCGAUACCUUAUAAUGGCAUGGGGAAUCAACAAAUUUUCUCGAAAGCUGGUUCGCCCUCAUACCGUCCCUAAUAAUGAAGUACUGGACCUGCUGUCUAGAGUACCUGAUGAUGAGGAUCUGAUUGCUUACAGGGAACUGAAACCUCAUCCCACCAGUGAUCUUGAAAGGCGGAGAGAUCAAAAGAAGAAACAUAAAGUCUCGUAACCUCUGCCAGUGGUGUUUGACACAAGGUGCACAGCAGUGGUACAUAUGUUACAAGCAUUAUGUGAAUCCUGAGGGGUGAAUCAUUCAUUCACUCCAUACACUGAAGAACACUGUGUAUGCCUGUGAGGUUAAAAUUACAGUCAUGCAUAUUCUGAGAGUAUACUUCAGUCAUUCUGAUUCCCUUAUGUAAGACUCUGUGUGCAUAUAACUGUGAUGAGACUGACUUAUUAUCCUUACAACCUCAUAGCCUUUUUUAUUUAUGGACUGUUCACAUUUUUUACUAUUAACAUUCCUACUUUAAUACUUCCAGUUUCAUUAAAAAUAACUCUAAUUCCAUGUAUGUUUGUAGUGAUUGGUCUCUGUUCCUGAUUGUGGUCUAGCUUUGUGUGUGUGUGUGUGUGUGUGUGUGUGUGUGUGUGUGUGGGUGCGUGCGUGUGUUACAAGUUUUGUCAGUUUUUUGGAAACUUACUUUUAGUAAAAACGAGAACAGAGAAGAAAGAGGAUGCAAUGAUAUGAGCAUAGUGUUAGGAUUUUCAUAUUCCAGCUUUGUAAUGGGUCUCAAAAAAUUUUAAUAUGUGGCCUAAUAAAUUUUUUAAGCACUCAUAUUCAGAUCCUUAAAUAAUACUGUUUAUGUUAAGAAGUAAUUUGAAUUGUUAUUACAUAAGCACAAUAUUAAAAAUCUAUCUUUUACUCUGAGAUUUGCCCACAUUGAAAUGCUUUUACAACUGCACAAAAGUGUCUCUAAGCCAAAGUAAGUGCCAUGCAGUGCUUCUAUAUAUAUGUCAUUGUCUUCCUGAAUUCUGUUACUGCAAGGAUACAGAAUUUAAAAUUCUUUUUAUGAAAAGAAAUAUUAAUCUGCACAAAUGCUAUUCUUCCUUGCCAGACAAUUUUGUUGUGUGUAAAGAAUUCUUCUUCAUUUUUCUGUUUUUGUUUUCCAUCACUGUGUUACACAAAUUUUAAAAGAACAAAUAGUGCUUGAAAUGUUCCUUCUGGGUUUUAAUAAAGCUGUGACUGACAGGGCUUUUUGUAUGAACUUGUUUUUGUCUACAGAAUUUUAAAAUAAUAAUAAAUGUUACAUAUAAUGAACAGUAUGAGUACAGUAUAAAAUAUGACAGUUAAUUCAGAUGGAACACCAAGCUAAAAGAGAAGGUAACUUGUAUAAACAAAUAAAAUAUUAUGAAUAUGAGAGCAGCAGUAUAAUUAUAUUGUCAAGUGAUUUGUGACUGCAUCACUGCAUUUGAAAAUAUUUGCUUAUAAAAUAUUCACAUCAUGUGUAUAUCUUAAAUAGGUAUUACCAGAGCAUUGCAGCCAAGCACCUGUUUCUAAAUAAAACAUUAAGAAAUUGGUUCUUGUUGUGACAAAGUCUCAUGUGUGGAGGCUUGGCAUAAAAUACUGUCAAAUGGAGGAGCUUACAACAAAUGAAAUAUUUAAAUGUAUUUUGUUACAGUCUAUAAAGUUUUGCAUUUUCAUCAAGUAACUUCUUUUGAAAAAAUAUGGAACAUCUUCAGAUCUAUUACAGAUAAAUAAGAGGCAUGGUAAUUAACUUCACAUACUGUGUAUAAUUUUAUCUUUGCAACAACUGAUUUUAGAAGUACUGAUUUUGUCAUCUUGGUGUCCAUUACAUAGACAGUGACACCUCUGAAUUUCUUCUUAAUUUGUAUCUCUCCACUCGUCUAUAAAUCCAGCUACAUCUAUUCUGUGUAUCUUAUGGCCACUUGAGUGCUGUGCACAUUACUUGUGAAUGGUUGGCUGUUCUGCUGUUACUAUGGUUUCAAAUAAACAGUUUUACUUCAUCAAACACGUGUAAUACAAAAUCUUAAACAUGGCUCUGAAUUGGCAACAGUGUAAAUCUUAAGAGAUUGAAAAACUCAGCCAACCAGUUGCAAAACAAAGGUUUAUUAGCCCUUCACCCAAGUUACAAUAUUUCUAAAAAUAUCUUCUGCAGAAGGAGUGGGCCUUGUUACAUAACAUGAUAGUACAUUAAAACAGCUGAAGCCUAGUGGCUCUUGUCAUAUAUGAAAUUGACAAAUUACCCCUAGCCAUAGCUUUAGAUAGCAGCCAGAUUACAUUUAGUAUACUCCAGGAUGAAUGCUCACUGGUAAAUGCCCACAGGUAAAGGCUCUUGAAAACGUAAAAUUAUAACAGGAGUCACAGGAUAAAAUGUUUGUCUGUUGUAAGUGUAUAUCAUGCUAGAGACAGAGCCUGUGGGAUUUCCUGGUGAUCAUUCAUUCUGAAGUACAGUAAAUGUAAUCUGGCUGCUAUCUAAAGCCAUGGCUUGGGAUAAUUCUUGUUUUUGUCAAUUUCAUAUAUGAUAAGAGACACUUGGCUUCAGCUAUUCCAAUGUACCAUCAUGUGAUGUAACAAGGCCCACUCCUUCUGAAGAAGAUAUUUUUAGAAAUAUCAAAACUUACGUCAAAAGAUAAUAAGCACUAAUAAAACCUUGUUCUGCAACUGGUUGGCUGAUUUUUUUCACCCUCUUCAUGUGUGUAUUAGAUUGGCUAGAAACCAUCACACUUAGUAAGACUUUUACCUUUAACAGAUCUGAAGAACUUGAGUAUGUCUACAACAAUGGAUGACACUGUAAAAGAAGUGUAACAUUAGACUGUAACAAAAAAUAUUUCAGUUACUGAUGUUCUGAAUUUUAUUCUUCAAUAUUGUAUUAUUUUUUGCAAUAUAAAAAAAAACGAGAUCGAUUGUACCCUGUCUUUCAUCAUAUAUUGUGACUAAGUUAAAUUAUCUGCCAACUUUACGUGCUAUUAUUUAAACAUUUUAUGAACAUGCAAACUCAAAACACAAUGUUGUUAUCUCCAAUAUUAGCAUAAAAGUAAGAUUUAUUCAAAUUAAUGCAUCUUUUUUAAGUUUAAUGUAGCUAAAGAAGUCAAUUAUGCAUUGGAAAAAGGUCUCUCAUAAUUCUGCUGUAAUAGAUGGGAGUAUCCAUUUUUGCAUUCAUGGAUAUGUUCAUUCUCUCCAUCCUGAAAUAAAAUAACUACUGAAAUUAUUGUCUCAAUUGUGUUAUACUGGUACUAAUGGGGGUGGGUGGGGGAAGGGAGAAAGCAUAAAUAGGACUAGAUGGUGGAGCUAAAAGUUGUGUUCAAAUUGUAACAUGUAAGGAACAACUUCAAAGGCACCACAGUGUGAGAGUGGUAUUACUGUAAUUUAUGAUGUCAGAUAAUCCAGUUGUAAUGCAUUGAUGCUAUUACAUAUGCACUGUUCACAAAUGUUUUACCUACUUACUAUUCUGAGCAUAAGUAUGUCAUACAUUCAUUACAUUCCUUAUGACAAUAUUUAUUUUUUUAUUUGUUACUCUUUAUUAUAGUUAAAAAAUCUAGUCUCUCUGUUAAUGUAAAUAUGGAGCUAAAAUUGUUGUGUUAAUGGUGAAAAUUGCUGGAAUGUGUGAAUAAAGUUUAUCUUUUACAUUACA